UGUGGUUUGUUUUCACUAAAUUCUAACCUCACUUUUAAAUGCAAUACAUUUCUGGAGAAGUAUGGCUUUGGAUGAAACCGAAAUUUCACAGUCCUGGAAUAAAUUUGCAAAUGUUGCAAAAUUGGCAGGUUAUCGGGAAGGUGUGUCUGAUGGUAAAGAACAGGUGUUUCAAAAGAGUUUUGAUGAAGGGUAUCAGGAUGGAUUUCAAAUAGGCUUUAAUUUAGGAAAAUAUAAAGGUGCAAUAAACGGGACUUCUGUAGGUGGCGAUGAAAGUUUAACAGAGACACGAAAAGGGUUGUGCAUAAUUUGUAAGGAUAGUAAUUUAUUAGAAGGUUCCAUACAAGAGGUAAAGCAUGUUCAAGCGCAAAUUUCAAAUAACGUACUAGAUGAGUUACAAAAAAAAUGUGUUAAUAUCACUCAGCCUCAGCCUUAAUUAGCUUAAGCAUAGGUUUAUUAAAAUUAAACUAAUGAAGUAUA